AGACAAGUCCCAUGAUUCCUUGCGGUGCCAUCGAUAAUAACAGCCUCGGCUUGCUAACCGUAACGGAGCAGGACACUUUACAUACAAUUUCUAAUCAUUUUUUCUACUUAUUAAUCAAGUUUUCGACUCGAAUGCUGUAUUGUGGUUGACGUCGACUCGGUUAGAGAAUAAAAUCACCAAACAGAUCGUGGUCAAGUCAGCCACUGGAUUUCCACGCAAACAGGCAUCCAAAUCACAUCUAUGGAUCAGGACUAUGAGCGCCGGUUACUGCGGCAGAUCAACGUCCAGAAUGACAACACCAGCCCCAUGAAAGUAAGAGAUGUGAUCAGUCAUCUGACACCAACUCCGGAAUCACCCCUGUCAUCACCCAGCAAGCAUGGCGACCGGUUUAUACCCUCUCGAGCCGGGGCAAACUGGAGCAUCAACUUCCACAGAAUAAAUGAAAAUGAAAAAUCCCCAAGCCAGAAUAAAAAAACCAAAGAUGCAACAUCAGACACUGGUAAAGCGGAUGGUUUGGCGUAUUCUGCCCUGCUAAAGAAUGAGUUGCUAGGAGCUGGGAUUGAGAAGGUCCUGGAUCCUCAGACAGAAGAUAGAAGACUACAGCCCUCCACACCAGAGAGGAGGAGCCUAUUUAGUUAUUCUCUUAGUGCUAAGAGAUCCACGCCCGAUGACAACAGUGUUUCCCCAUACUCCUUGUCACCUGUUAGCAGCAAAAGUCAAAAGUUGCUGCGGUCGCCAAGAAAACCCACACGCAAAAUUUCCAAGAUUCCAUUUAAGGUGCUUGAUGCACCUGAGCUUCAGGAUGACUUCUACCUCAACUUAGUGGACUGGUCCUCCCUAAAUGUGCUAAGUGUUGGACUGGGAACUUGUGUUUACCUUUGGAGUGCCUGCACCAGUCAAGUAACACGACUGUGUGAUCUGUCAGUAGAAGGAGACUCCGUCACGUCUGUCGGUUGGUCGGAGAGAGGUAAUCUGGUUGCUGUUGGUACACAUAAAGGCUUUGUACAAAUUUGGGAUGCUACAGCUGGCAAAAAACUGUUUGCUUUGGAGGGGCACACAGCAAGAGUGGGUGCAUUGGCCUGGAAUGCAGAUCAGCUGUCAUCGGGCAGUCGGGAUCGCAUGAUCCUGCAGAGAGACAUCAGGACACCACCUCUGCAGUCAGAGCGCAGGCUGCAGGGCCACAGGCAGGAGGUGUGCGGACUCAAGUGGAGCACCGACCACCAGCUGCUGGCCUCCGGUGGAAAUGACAAUAAGCUGUUAGUGUGGAACCACUCCAGCGUGUUGCCUAUGCAACAGUACACCGAGCAUCUUGCUGCAGUGAAAGCCAUCGCUUGGUCUCCUCACCAGCACGGGUUGCUCGCCUCCGGAGGGGGAACGGCGGAUCGCUGCAUCCGCUUCUGGAACACACUUACAGCGCAGCCACUACAGUGCAUUGACACAGGUUCACAGGUCUGCAACCUGGCCUGGUCCAAACACACCAAUGAGCUGGUAAGCACACAUGGUUACUCUCAGAAUCAGAUUCUCGUGUGGAAAUACCCCUCACUCACUCAAGUAGCCAAAUUAACUGGCCAUUCUUACAGAGUGCUCUAUCUGGCAAUGUCUCCAGAUGGGGAAGCAAUAGUUACAGGAGCAGGUGAUGAAACUCUGCGCUUUUGGAAUGUAUUUAGUAAAACACGAUCAACAAAGGAAUCUGUGUCAGUUUUAAACCUGUUUACCAGAAUACGAUAAUUUGGCUGCUGAAAAAGGGAUGUAUAUCCAUGUCGUCGAUUUCACACACCGUAGACAGCAUAUCACUAAAUUAUCUUCUGAUAUCUUGUACACAAAACAUGGGACAUUUGUCAUUUCAUUUUAAGUUCAGACGUUAUGUUUACUUUUAUGUGUACAGUUCAGUUCAUUAUUUUAUGUGUUGGUUGUUUUUGGUUACAAAGAAGUGUCUAUUAUGAACGUGUAUGUCAUCCAAGCCUUAAGCCAGAUCAUAAUGCCAUUGAAUCAGGGUCUAAAGAAAAAUUGCCAUUUGUGAAACAACUGCCUCUGGAAUAGUUUGUGAGAAUCCUAAUGGGUUGCUCUUUUGAUUGUAAGGGUGAAAAAAAUGUUUAUGAAAAAAUUCAGUUUUUAACUUGAGUUGUUUAAGAUGAUUAUAACGUAUUAUAAAACACCCUGAAAAAACUGUCUUGUUUAUUUGUCAAAAGGAAUGAAUUUUCUUCACCAGAUUUAAAUGAGUGGAUGAAGUGUUUUAAUGUUUAAAUGGGUGCAUUGGUCAGAGGGUUAUU